AGCUGUUGCAGGUCCAUUCACCAUUUUGUGUGUUGGAGUAAAAAAAAAGGGAGAAUCGAGAGGGAGAGCCGGAGGGGGGGCGGGGAGGGACCGGACCGGACCGAGCUGGGGCCACGGCCCCCCGCCCCGAAACCCUGCCGAGCCCGAGGUGGGCAGAAGAUGAAGCCAGUGAAGAAGGCAUGCACUGGCCUCCCAGGUCCUGGCAGUGGUGGCAAGUCCCCACCGGCCACCAGGGCCAAGGCCCUGAGGCGGCGAGGGGCUGAGGAGGGCGACAAGCCAGAGGAGGAGGAUGAUGAGGCCCAGCAGCAGCAGCAACCAGGGCUCGAGGAGACAGAGGAAGGUGAGGAGGAGGAGGAGGAACCCGAGCGGGGCCCCAGGCCAGAGGGGCUGCCCCCAGAGCUGCACCCUGAAGACCCAGGCCCAGCUGAGGACCCCAAGGUCGAGGGGGAGGCUGGCCGCUGGGAGCCCUCCCUCAGCCGUAAGACAGCCACGUUCAAAUCAAGGGCGCCCAAGAAGAAGUAUGUGGAGGAGCAUGGGAGUGGUGGCAGUGGUGGCAGUGGAGUGACCAAGAACCCUGAAGAGCGUGCUCAGACCCCUGAGGAGGCUGGUGCCCUGGGUGUGCCUCCACAGCCGCCCACCUCCACCCGCUCUUCCUCCACUGACACUGCCAGCGAGCACUCAGCUGACCUGGAUGAUGAACCGGCUGAGGCUUGUGGGCCAGGCCCCUGGCCCCCCGGCAGCACCGGUGGUGGCUAUGACCUGAGGCAGCUGCGGUCCCAGCGCGUGCUGGCCAGGAGAGGGGAUGGCCUCUUUCUGCCGGCUGUGGUACGUCAGGUCCGACGAAGCCAGGACCUGGGUGUACAGUUCCCUGGGGACCGGGCCCUUACUUUCUACGAGGGGGUUCCUGGUGGCUGUGUGGAUUUAGUUCUGGAUGCCACGCCACCGCCGGGGUCACUUAUGGUGGGCACAGCCGUUUGCACCUGUGUGGAACCUGGCGUGGCCGCCUACCGGGAGGGGGUGGUAGUGGAGGUGGCCACCAAGCCAGCUGCUUACAAGGUCCGCCUUGGCCCAGGCCCUCAAACUGGCCCCCCAGCUGCCCUCCCCCAGCCCCCCCAGCCAACAUACCGGGAGCCUGAGGAGGCUGUGUGGGUGGCCCGAUCUAGCCUGCGCUUGCUGCGUCCCCCCUGGGAACCUGAAGCCCUACUGAGGAAACCUCCAACUGAGGAGGAGCAGGCUGAGCCUGGGGCACCCCUGCCCCCCUGCCCAGGAGCCCUGGAUACCAAGCAGUUGGAGGAUGCUGAGGUCUCCAAAAUCAGCUUUGGUGGCAACCUGGGGACCUGUGAGGAAGGCGAAGACAAGCACCCCGCAGCCCUGGGCACCCCAGCCCUGCUGCCACUGCCCCCGCCCCAGCUCCUGUCACCACCACCCAAGUCCCCAGCCUUUGUGGGCCCCGGCCGCCCAGGGGAGCAGCCCUCACCAUGCCAGGAGGGGAGUCAGGGUGGCAGCCGCAGCAGCAGUGUGGCCUCUCUGGAGAAGGGGGCUGCCCCAGCUGCCCGGGCCCGCACGCCACUCACAGCUGCCCAACAGAAGUACAAGAAGGGCGAUGUGGUCUGCACACCCAAUGGGAUCCGCAAGAAGUUCAAUGGCAAGCAGUGGCGUCGCCUGUGCUCCCGGGACGGCUGCAUGAAGGAGUCACAGCGGCGGGGCUACUGCUCUCGCCACCUGUCCAUGCGGACCAAGGAGAUGGAGGGCCUGGCGGACGGCGGCCCGGGUGGAGCAGGGCGGCCAGCUGGUGUGGCCACUAGGGAGGGCAGCACCGAGUUCGACUGGGGUGAUGAGACCUCUCGGGACAGCGAGGCCAGCAGUGUGGCUGCCCGUGGAGACUCGCGCCCACGCCUAGUGGCCCCUGCUGACCUAUCACGCUUCGAGUUCGACGAGUGUGAGGCGGCCGUGAUGCUUGUGUCGCUGGGCAGCUCGCGCUCGGGCACCCCUUCCUUCUCACCUGUGUCUACGCAGUCGCCCUUCUCGCCAGCCCCAUCGCCCUCACCCUCACCGCUCUUUGGCUUCCGCCCUGCCAACUUCAGCCCCAUCAACGCGUCACCUGUCAUCCAGCGCACAGCUGUCCGCAGCCGUCAUCUCAGUGCCAGCACCCCCAAAGCUGGUGUGCUGACACCCCCAGAUCUGGGCCCCCACCCGCCACCCCCUGCCUCCCGUGAGCGCCAUUCCUCUGGCAUCCUUCCCACCUUCCAGACCAACCUGACCUUCACCGUGCCCAUCAGCCCUGGGCGGCGGAAGACGGAGCUGCUGCCCCACCCAGGGACCUUAGGGGCCCCGGGCACAGUGACUGGAGGAGCUGCCCAGGACUUCCCUAAGAGCGAUAGCAUGGACUCCGGUGUGGACUCCGUGUCCCACACGCCCACACCCUCCACUCCGGCUGGCUUCCGGUCUGUGUCGCCUGCUGUGCCCUUCUCCCGAUCACGCCAGCCCUCACCGCUGCUGCUGCUGCCCCCACCUGCUGGCCUGACUUCUGACCCAGGACCCUCAGUGCGCAGGGUGCCUGCCGUGCAGAGGGAUUCUCCAGUCAUCGUCCGCAAUCCUGACGUGCCACUACCCUCCAAAUUUCCCAGUGAGGCAGGCACUGCCGGUGAGGUACGGGCCGGGGGCCCUGGGCGGGGCUGCCGAGACACCCCAGUGCCCCCUGGGGUGGCCAGUGGGAAGCCUGGCCUCCCCCCACCUCUGCCAGCCCCUGUGCCCAUCACCGUGCCUCCAGCCGCGCCGACUGCUGUGGCUCAGCCCAUGCCCACCUUUGGCCUGGCAUCCUCACCCUUUCAGCCGGUGGCCUUCCACCCCUCACCCGCCGCCCUGUUGCCUGUUCUGGUGCCCAGCAGCUAUACUGGCCAUCCUGCCCCCAAGAAGGAAGUCAUCAUGGGCCGACCUGGGACAGUGUGGACAAACGUGGAACCUCGCUCCGUGGCCGUAUUCCCCUGGCACUCCUUGGUCCCCUUCCUGGCUCCCAGCCAGCCUGACCCCUCUGUGCAGCCGAGUGAGGCCCAACAACCUGCCAGCCACCCCGUGGCCUCCAACCAGAGCAAAGAACCUGCUGAGUCGGCAGCUGUUGCCCAUGAGCAGCCAUCAGGAGGGACAGGGAAUGCAGACCCUGGGCGGCCCCCUGGAGCAACAUGUCCUGAGAGCCCAGGGCCCCCCCACACUUUGGGGGUGGACCCUGGAAAGGCCCCCCUUCCCACCACAGAGGAGGAGGCUCCAGGUCCUCCAGGAGAACCUCGACUGGACAGUGAGACAGAGAGUGACCAUGAUGAUGCCUUCCUCUCUAUCAUGUCCCCCGAGAUCCAGUUGCCUCUGCCGCCUGGAAAACGCCGAACUCAGUCUCUCAGUGCCCUGCCCAAAGAACGAGAUUCUUCAUCUGAGAAGGAUGGACGCAGCCCCAACAAGCGGGAGAAGGACCACAUUCGGAGGCCUAUGAAUGCCUUCAUGAUCUUUAGUAAGCGGCACCGAGCCCUGGUCCACCAGCGUCACCCCAACCAGGACAACCGGACCGUCAGCAAGAUCCUGGGCGAGUGGUGGUAUGCUCUGGGGCCCAAGGAGAAGCAGAAGUACCAUGAUUUGGCCUUCCAGGUGAAGGAAGCCCACUUCAAGGCCCACCCAGAUUGGAAGUGGUGCAACAAGGACAGGAAGAAGUCCAGCUCAGAGGCCAAACCCACAAGCCUGGGGCUGGCAGGAGGGCACAAGGAGACUCGGGAGCGGAGCAUGUCAGAGACGGGUACCGCUGCUGCCCCUGGAGUGUCCUCGGAGCUCCUGUCCGUCGCAGCCCAGACGCUCUUGAGCUCGGACACCAAGGCUCCGGGGAGCAGCUCCUGCGGGGCAGAACGUCUGCACGCAGUUGGGGGGCCUGGCUCGGCCCGGCCUCGCGCCUUCUCCCACAGUGGGGUACACAGCCUGGAUGGCGGGGAAGUAGACAGCCAGGCCCUACAGGAGCUGACUCAGAUGGUGUCUGGCCCGGCCUCCUAUUCUGGCUCAAAACCUUCCACCCAAUAUGGGGUGCCAGGUCCCUUUGCUGCCCCUGGUGAAGGGGGUACUCUUGCAGCCAGUGGGCGGCCCCCAUUGCUGCCCACCCGAGCCUCCCGUUCCCAGCGUGCAGCCAGCGAGGACAUGACCAGUGAUGAGGAGCGUAUGGUCAUCUGUGAGGAGGAAGGGGAUGAUGAUGUCAUUGCUGAUGAUGGCUUCAGCACCACUGACAUUGAUCUCAAGUGCAAGGAGCGGGUGACUGACAGCGAGAGUGGGGACAGUUCUGGGGAGGACCCCGAAGGCAACAAGGGCUUUGGCCGGAAGGUGUUUUCACCUGUGAUCCGUACCUCCUUUACCCAUUGCCGUCCUUCCCUGGACCCUGAACCCCCAGGGCCCCCAGAUCCAUCGGCAGCCUUCGGCAAAGGCUACGGCCCUACCCCGUCCUCUUCAUCUUCGCCGGCCUCCUCCUCAGCCUCGGCAGCUGCCUCCUUCUCACUAGGCUCAGGAACCUUCAAGGCCCAGGAGUCAGGUCAGGGCAGCACAGCUGGCCCUCUGCGGCCCCCACCCCCUGGAACUGGUGGCCCAGCAACACCUUCCAAGGCCACUCGGUUUCUUCCCACGGAUCCUGUCACUUUCCGGCGCAAGAGACCUGAAAGCGUGGGGGUCAUGGAGCCACCAGGUCCUUCAGUCAUUGCAGCACCUCCCAGCGGGGGAGGAAGUGUCCUGCAGACACUAGUCUUACCUCCAAACAAGGAGGACCGUGAAAGCAGUGGAGCCCGCCUGCCCUCAGCGCCGACCCCAUCGCUGGCCUAUGGGGCCCCAGCAGCCCCCCUGUCUCGCCCAGCUGCAACCAUGGUCACCAAUGUGGUGCGGCCCGUCAGCAGCACUCCUGUGCCCAUUGCCUCUAAACCCUUCCCCCCCUCGGUCCGGGCAGAAGUGUCUCCAAAUGACGCAAGUGCCAGGACUGAGACGGUCUCUGGGUCCCGGGCACCUGGGGGCUCCCCCCUGGGUGUCAGCUUAGUGUAUUCAGACAAGAAGUCAGCAGCAUCCACCUCCCCAGCCCCACAUUUGGUAGCCGGACCCCUUCUAGGCACUGUGGGGAAAGCACCUGCCACCGUCACCAACCUGCUGGUGGGCACUCCAGGCUAUGGGGCCCCAGCGCCCCCUGCUGUCCAGUUCAUUGCCCAGGGCGCCCCUAGCAGUGGGGCAGCUGCUGGCCCAGGAGCAGCUGCUGGGAGUGGCCCCAAUGGGCCAGUGCCCUUGGGCAUCCUGCAGCCAGGUGCCCUGGGCAAGACUGGGGGGAUCACCCAGGUGCAGUACAUCCUGCCCACGCUGCCCCAGCAGCUUCAAGUGGCGCCCACCCCGGCACCAGCCCCUGGGACCAAGGCAGCGGCUCCUGCUGGCCCUGCCCCUACCACCAGCAUUCGUUUCACCCUCCCACCUGGCACUUCCACCAAUGGCAAAGUCCUGGCUGCCACCACGCCCACUCCUGGCAUUCCCAUCCUGCAGUCAGUACCCUCCGCCCCGCCCCCCAAAGCCCAGUCCGUGUCUCCAGUGCAGGCCCCGCCCCCUGGUGGCUCUGCACAGCUGCUGCCUGGGAAGGUCCUGGUGCCCCUGGCCACCCCUGGCAUGCCAGUGAGGGGCGGGGGGGCUGGCCAGCCACUACCCCUGGUGAGCCCACCCUUCUCAGUCCCUGUGCAGAACGGCGCCCAGCCACCGAGCAAGAUCAUCCAGCUGACUCCAGUGCCCGUGAGCACACCUGGCGGCCUGGUGCCGCCCCUCAGCCCAGCCCCGCUCUCUGGACCCACCUCACAGCCCCAGAAGGUCCUGUUGCCCUCCUCCACCAGGAUCACUUACGUGCAGUCGGCAGGUGGGCACACACUGCCCUUGGGUACUAGCCCUGCUUCCAGCCAGCCUGGAACAGUCACCUCAUAUGGGCCCACUAGCUCUGUGGCCCUGGGCUUCACCUCACUGGGGCCUAGUGGCCCUGCCUUCGUGCAGCCCCUGCUUUCAGGCCAAGCCCCGCUGCUGGCUCCUGGCCAGGUGGGCGUGUCGCCUGUGCCUAGCCCUCAGCUGCCUCCCACCUGCACUGCCCCUGGAGGUCCCAUCAUCACAGCAUUUUAUCCUGGCAGUCCUGCACCCACCUCUUCGACACCCCUGGCCCAACCUUCCCAGGCCCCCCCAGGGCUGGUUUACACUGUGGCCACCAGCACCACCCCACCUGCUGCUACCAUCCUACCCAAGGGCCCGGCGGCCCCUGCCACUGCCACCCCUGCCCCUACCAGUCCUUUCCCCAGUGCCACAGCAGGCUCCAUGACCUACAGCUUAGUGGCCCCCAAGGCCCAGCGGCCCACCCCGAAGGCUCCCCAGAAAGUGAAGGCAGCCAUUGCCAGUAUUCCUGUGGGUUCUUUUGAAGCCAGUGCCCCCGGGCGGCCUGGCCCUCCGCCUCGGCAGCCUGUGGAACCUGGCACAGCCCGGGAGCUUCCAGCUUCCGAAUCUGAGCUGGAGGGACAGCCUACAACACCAGGUCCGCCACCACCCCCAGAAACCUGGCCCCCCACAACACGGAGCAGCUCCCCACCACCCCCACUUGUAGAGGAGAGGGUCAAUCCCAAGGGCCCUGAAACCAUGGCCAGCAAAUUCCCCAGCUCAUCUUCAGACUGGCGUGUCCCUGGGCUGGGCCUGGAGAGCCGAGGGGAGCCCCCCACACCACCCAGCCCAGUCCCAGCCCCAGCCCCUGGGAGCAGUGGUGGUGGUAGCAGCGAGGGGAGCAGUGGGAGGGCAGCUGGGGACACCCCUGAGCGCAAGGAGGCGGCUAGUACCGGCAAGAAGGUGAAAGUGCGGCCCCCGCCCCUGAAGAAGACCUUUGACUCUGUGGAUAACAGGGUCUUGUCAGAGGUGGACUUUGAAGAGCGCUUUGCUGAACUGCCCGAGUUCCGGCCCGAGGAGGUGCUGCCUUCGCCCACCCUACAGUCUCUGGCUACCUCCCCCCGUGCCAUCCUGGGCUCCUACCGCAAGAAGAGGAAGAACUCUACUGACCUAGACUCGGCCCCAGAGGACCCCACGUCGCCUAAGCGCAAGAUCAGGAGACGCUCCAGCUGCAGUUCAGAGCCCAACACCCCCAAGAGUGCCAAGUGCGAGGGGGACAUCUUCACCUUUGACCGCACAGGUACUGAAGGCGAGGAUGUGCUCGGGGAGCUGGAGUACGAGAAGGUGCCGUACUCAUCACUGCGCCGUACCCUGGACCAGCGCCGGGCCCUGGUCAUGCAGCUUUUUCAGGACCAUGGCUUCUUCCCAUCAGCCCAGGCCACGGCAGCCUUCCAGGCCCGCUACGCAGACAUCUUCCCCUCCAAGGUUUGCUUGCAGUUGAAGAUCCGUGAGGUCCGCCAGAAAAUCAUGCAGGCAGCCACUCCCACAGAGCAACCACCUGGAGCUGAGACCCCACUCCCUGGACCACCCCCCACUGGCACUGCUGCUGCCUCUGUGCCCACACCCAGCCCUGCAGGGGUCCCUGACCCCUCCUCACCUGGCUCGGACUCUGGCACAGCCCCAGCUGCCCCACCACUGCCUCCACCCCCAGAGCCAGGACCUGGGCAGCCUGGCUGGGAGGGCCCCCCCCAGCCUUCCCCCCCACCCCCUGGCCCUUCCACAGCUGCCACAGGCAGGUGAGGGGCCCCUAAAAGUUCCCAGGACCCAUAGUGUCCCCCUCAGGACAUGGACAGUAUGGAAGUGGCAGGAAUAGGGGGGGACUGGAAGGUUACCUUCUCCCCAUGAAGCCAUUUCGUCCUUUCCAGUUUGGGGCGGAAUGUGGCCUGUUCCUCUUGUCCCGCCCCCCACCCCCAGCUCCCUCCCUGUGUUGGGGGGCAGCUGAGAGGCUGCAAGGGCACAGUCUCCCUCUACCGAGCCCCUGUACAUAACCUGGAGUGUGUUACCUUCAGACCUUUUCACUUGUACUUUAUGCAAAAUGGCUCGUGUGAGGGCUGCAAGCUGGAGGGCAGUGUGGGCUGUGGGCCACAGGGAAGCCUGUGGAGUGAGGGGGAGUUUGUGCACCCCUUUUUUCCCCCAGAGGGGCUGGACUCAGGUUAGUUUGGGGGUGGGGGCUCCUGCACUUUGCCACAGGCAUGGGGAGGGUUGUCUCCCCACCCCCUCUGCCCUCCCAACUUGGGUUGUACUUUCUAAGAAGGUGAUUUCCCCCUUCCCUUGUCCCCAUCCCAGAACAAAACAUGUUGAUCAUGUGCAAUAUUUCUUACUGUGCCGAGAAGCCGCAAUGACUGAGAUUAAAGCUGUUUAACACA